AUGGCCGCUCAGCUAUCCGACGAGAUCAUGCCCGAGAGAAUCUCUUCGGCGAACCCGACAGCAUGCGGGCAGAUCCCAUUAGAACAAGCACCCAAGUUGAAGGGUCGCCAGAAGUUCCUGCAGAAUCUCCAGCGGAUGUCGUCCAGCCCGGCAUUGACAAGACGUGCGCGCUCGACAUCCACUUCUGGUCUCCGGCGAGAGCAUAAGGCUUCCCUAUCUUGUGUUUCGUUAUCUUCCACCGCAUACUCGCCCUGUCUGCCAAAUGGGAGUUCCUCACAGCUCUAUGGAGGUCUCAAUCCUCGCCCUGCUACACCCGGUUACUCGACUCCUGCUGAGUUCCCGGGCUCGAAUCUUCGUCCGCGUCUUGUUGAUACAGAUGGGCCCAGUAGCCCUUUACCCCGCACCGUACCUUUGCCCUCAGAUGUGAGGCCGGCCUCACGAGGUUCGCCGCGAACGGGUACACCGGUGGGGACUAGGAUGGAGGAGAUCGUUUUCCCGGAUCCAGAGGAGCCGGUGAAGACAUUCGAUUUCUGGGGUGAUAUGCCGCGGGAGCUCAAAAUGGAGGUCUUUCAGCAUUUGACACCGCAGGAGAUUGUUCGCUGCUCUGCUGUUUCCAAGGCUUGGAAUGAGAUGUGCUAUGAUGGGCAGCUAUGGUCUAAGGUUGAUACCACGGAGUACUAUUCCAAAAUUCCUAGUGAUGUUUUGGUGAAACUUAUCACUUCUGGUGGUCCGUUCGUUCGAGACCUCAAUCUGAGAGGUUGCAUUCAGAUGCGUGAUAAGUGGUCCUCUGACGGUGAGCGCAUAUCGGAUUUGUGCCGGAAUGUUGUCAACUUUUCGUUGGAGGGCUGCCGUAUCGACAAGCCGUCUAUCUACUCUUUCUUGCUCCGCAACCCUCGCUUGGAAAACAUCAAUGUUUCGGGAUUGUCGAGUAUUACAAACUCGGCUAUGAAAGUCAUUGCGCGGUCCUGUCCGCAACUUGAGACAUUGAAUGUCUCAUGGUGCAAUAACGUUGAUAGUUCUGGUCUUCUUCGGAUUGUCCAGUCUUGUGAGCGGUUGAAGGAUCUCAAAGCUAGCGAGAUCCGGGGCUUCAGCAACGAAAAGUUUACAUUGGCUCUGUUCGAGCGCAAUUCCUUGGAACGCUUGAUCAUGAGCCGCACCGACCUGACUGAUGAGAGUCUGAAGAUCCUGGUUCACGGCAAGAAUCCCAAUAUGGACCUCCUUACCGACCGCCCUGUUGUUCCUCCUCGACGAUUCCGCCACCUAGACCUGCAUCAAUGUGCUGAGGUAACUGAUGCUGGGUUGAAGAGUUUAGCUCACAAUGUUCCGGAUUUGGAGGGAUUGCAGGUUUCUCAAUGCUCUGAGUUGACUGACAGCUCGAUCAUCGACAUCAUCCAGACUACACCUAAGCUGUCCCAUCUGGAAAUGGAAGACUUGGAGAACUUGACCAACAGUGUCCUCGUGGAGCUCGCUAAAUCCUCAUGUGCCCAGCACCUAGAGCAUUUGAACAUCAGCUACUGCGAGAGCCUCAGUGAUACGGGCAUGCUGCAAGUCAUGAAGAGCUGUCCAAAGCUCCGAUCUGUCGAGAUGGACAACACCAGAGUCUCUGAUCUAACCCUAAUGGAAGCCAGCUUCCGCAUCCGCAAACGCGGAUACAGCGACGAUCUCCCGGAAGUCGGACUACGACUAGUGAUCUUCGACUGUGCAAACGUCACCUGGGCAGGCGUCAAAGAAGUGCUCUCCAGCAACGCCUAUACCCCCCGCGCGUCACGCAAACCCACAUCAACAGUUGUGACAGUGACACAGACAUCAGACGCAGGCUCUUCCCCCAUGACCAGCACAUUCGUUACCCCAAGCUCCACCCCUCCCCCUUCAUCAACAUCCCCCAACGAGAUCAUCCAACUCAAAUGCUUCUACGGAUGGCAGAUGACCGUCGAUGAACACACGAAGCGUGUCCUCCGUGGUGAUCUGACUGCUGCUUCCCGGCUGGACCGGAAGUGGGCUGAUUACAUGAUGGCCACGGAGGAAGCCGGCGCUGCUGGUGCCGGUGCUCGCCGACGUCGGCGCCGUGCUCGUGAGGCUGAACGCCUUUACAAUGCCGAUGAUGAUGAGAAUGAUUAUUACGGCGUUGGUGCUAUCACUGCUCUUGGUGGUAGACGUCGCCGAGCUCAAAGUGGUGGCGGUUGCACUGUUAUGUGA